AUGGUGGAACCGACACCUAAAGCGGCGGCUGUUCCUCUGCUGGUGCUGCUGGUGCAGAGCUGCCUGGCCCAGCAUGUUUUUCUCAGCAGUCAGUCAGCCUCUCAGGUUUUGCAUCGAAGCCGACGAGCCAAUCAGCUGUUUGAAGAGGUGAAACCAGGGAACCUGGAGAGGGAGUGUCUUGAGGAGAUCUGUGACCAUGAAGAAGCCAGAGAGGUGUUCGAACAGCCGGACAAAACAGAAGACUUCUGGGCCAAAUACCUGGACUGUGACGGCACCCAGCUGCCGAGAACACAAGACAACAUCGACAGAGUCAGAGAGUGUGUCGAGGGUCACUGCGUAGCAGCAAACGGUGUGAACUACCUGGGAAACAUCAACAUAACACGGUCAGGCAAAGAGUGCCAGUUCUGGAAGAGCAACUUCCCCCAUCCCAUAAUAAGGGAGUACAAUGCAUCAGAACCGAACAGCAUCCUGCAGGAGAAUUUCUGUCGGAACCCGGACGGUGGCCCAGACGGGCCCUGGUGCUUCACCAGAGACCCGACGGUGCAGAAGGAGCCCUGCAGCGUCCCCAAGUGUGGUGAGGCCUUUGUCCCGCCCACUUUGGCCCCUAGGCCGGCCCGAACCAGCGAGUGUUUGAUCAGUAACGGUGUAGACUACGUCGGUGACCUGACAGUGACCCUGGGGGGCCGCACCUGCCUGGAGUGGGCGUCGCCGCGGGUAACAGCAAUGAGCCGGAACAAGGACUUCAUCCCUCAGUUCAAGUUGCCUGGCAACAAGUGUCGUAACCCUGACAACGACCCCGAGGGACCAUGGUGCUAUGUGGAGGUUUCUGGAAAUAUUACGGUGGACUACUGCAACCUGGAACUGUGUGACGAGCCCCUGGACAGCCUGGACACAGAGGAGGAGGGGGGGGGCAGGGAGCGCUCCGUUCUGUCCGGCCCGAGGAAAACAUUCUUCUCCCCUCGGAGCUUCGGAAAGGGAGAGGAAGUGUGUGGAGAGCGCCCCCUGUUUGAGAAGGUGGGGAAAGAGGACGCCAAAGAGAAGGAGCUGCUGGAGUCUUACAGAGGAAGUCGCAUCGUCGGGGGCGAUGACGCCGAGGAGGGCUCAGCGCCAUGGCAGGUCAUGCUGUAUAAGCGCUCCCCUCAGGAGCUGCUGUGUGGAGCCUCUCUGAUCUCAGAGCAGUGGGUUCUGACGGCGGCUCACUGCAUCCUCUACCCUCCAUGGAACAAGAACUUCAGCAGCAGCGACAUCCUGGUCAGGCUGGGCAAGCACAACCGCGCCAAGUUCGAGCGCGGCACGGAGAAGAUUGUGGCCAUCGAUGACAUCAUCGUCCAUCCAAAGUACAACUGGAGGGAAAACCUGAACCGUGACAUCGCCCUGCUGCACCUGAGACGACCAAUCGAAUUCACCGACAGGAUCCAUCCCAUCUGCCUGCCGUCCAAGAAGGUCGCCAAGACGCUGAUGCUGGAGGGCCAUAAGGGGCGUGUGUCGGGCUGGGGGAACCUGGCAGAGACGUGGAACCCCGCCAACAGGAACCUGCCCGCCGUCCUGCAGCAGAUCCACCUGCCCAUCGUGGAGCAGGACACCUGCCGCGCCUCCACCGCCAUCAGGAUCACAGACAACAUGUUCUGUGCAGGGUACAAACCGGAGGACGCGGAGCGUGGCGACGCCUGUGAGGGCGACAGCGGCGGGCCGUUUGUGAUGAAGUACCCAGACGACGGGCGCUGGUACCAGAUUGGCAUCGUGUCCUGGGGCGAGGGCUGCGACCGCGACGGCAAGUUCGGCUUCUACACACACCUGUUCCGCAUGAGGCGCUGGAUGAGGAAGGUUAUCGACAAGACGGGAGGAGACGACGACUAA